AAGCAGUGAAGAUUUAGAAGCGAUUUACGAUAUAUAUGACGAGGAUUUCGAUUUGGAUGAGCUUUAUGAAACAAGUGAUAGUAUUGAUAAUGAAAAUGUGAAGGAAACUCAUGAAUGUGUAAUAUGUGGGAAAGUAUAUACCAGGAAACACUCAUUGACUGCUCACGUGAAAAAGAUCCACAAACGUCCUCUGACCGAAACAUGCGGUUCAAAAACUGGCUCAUCCAGUACUUCCAAAAAAGGUAUUUUGAUAUUGACACUCACACUUAAUCCAUUAAUGGUACAUCCGAAAUAAAAAAUAAUCAUCAUUUUGUAAGGUUGCCUUUUUUAAUGAUUUUUACUGUUCAAAACCAUGAAAUUAUUCGUGUAUAUUAGUUUUAAUAUUAGUUAACAUUACAAUGUUGAAGUGUAUAAAUGUUAAAGUGCAUUUAAUACGGUCUUUGUAUGUGGAUUGCUAUGGAUUGUUGAUGUGAUCUGAUAUGUCUGCAAAGGCCAAUAGAUCUACUAUGUUAUGUUUCUGUUGGUAUUUAUUUUUUGCAUUGCUAAUCAGUUUGUUUAAUUUAUUUCCAGCACCAAGCAAGACUAGGCUAGAAGAGGAGAAAGCCCAUGACGAGGCAAAGAACUUGCUGAUAUUGGCCCUGACCUCAAUCACAGAGGAUAUACUUGCUAAAAUUUUGCCUCAGGACAGUAGAGGUCGUCGUGCAAUAGCAUCCGCUGAAGAAGUUGCUGAUAAACGUGAUGAACCUAUAUUCGUAGAAAUGGCAUUAUUCCUCCAUGAGAAUAUCUGGCCUGCUGUUGUCGAAGCGCAUAAGAUGAAACUACCCUCAAAUUGCCAAUACAGAAUGAUGCAGGACUUUCAUCAAGUCUGUAUUUCAACAGAGAUUGAUGAACAAUAUCAGUCCAUACUUCAUCGCAUGGAGAUCAGUAACAGAGACAGGUUGCUAAAAACAAAAAUAUUAAAUCUUUAUUUGCGCCACUUGUGUUGUCAUGUGACCCCACCUGCUAGUUCAACAAAAACAGUCACUUCAAAUAUGACAAGAGAUGAAGAAAUGGCUCUUCGUUAUGUUGCAGGAUUCAUACCCUUCAGCAUCACUAAGCAAUACAACAGAUACAAACAUUCUAAAUAUGAAGUCAUGGGAAGGUGCCUCAGAUUGUGGAAGGGGACUAAUGAACUUGACAAUGUUGAGUCAGAGGAGCAGUAUACCAAUGCCUGGACAGAGAAAGUCAACCGUGGAGGACUUUUUGUCAUCAAAGAAUCAGUUUA